CUCCACCAUCUCGCCAUCGCCAACAUGGUCGUAGGCAGCGUUCUCGGUUGGGCAAGCGUCGGAUUCCUUACGCGAUGCUACCAGCUCGGGAUUCAGAAGCGAAACAUCUUUGACAACUUCGGCGGCCACGCCAUGCUCAUGACUGCCUUCGGCGGUUUGGGCUACUACUUCCACGGCCUCAAGGAGAGGCAAGAGGCCUUCAUCCAAUACAAGACGGAGUCGAUCCAGGCCAACAGGGAGAGGAUGGCCGGCGUGUUGGAGGAGAGGAAGGCGCAGAAUGGCGGUGGACACUAG